AUGAAUGCCCUCUCAGCAGACGAGAUGGAGCGCUUCCAGAAGCUUUCCAACAACUACCAACCAGAAGUCCAGGGGCCCCUCGUCUCAGUUAAACAGUCUAGCCACAGCAUCGCGUUGGAUUACUCAAAUGCAGAUCCUACGCUAGCUACAAAGACAAAUGCACUUGCUAUCACCCAUCCUGAAUGCCGUAUCAUGAAAGGCGAUGGGAAUUGUGGUUGGAGAGCUGUGGCAUUUGGUUAUUUCGAGACCCUCUUCGCCCUCCGAGACCCGCUCCGCAUCGAGACGGAGAUUCAGAGAAUGAAAUCUCUUACUUCGCUUUUGGAUCGGGUCGGUCUGUCAGAUUCCAUCUACGAGAUCUUUGUCGAUGCCACAGAAGAAGUCCUCAACCGAACCCAUGCUGCUAUCCAAAAUGGAGCUCAAGACGAGUCUUUCCUUGUUGAGGCAUUUAAUGAGGGUUACUCCUCUGAUGCUAUCAUCACCCACUUCCGAAUUUUGACCAGCGCCUGGAUGAAGCUCAACGCACACCGGUACCAGGCUUUCCUUCCUAUGCCACUGGACCAGUACUGCAGCUCGCGGAUAGACCCGGUGAAGACCGAAAUCGACGAAGUUGGUCUCCAGGCAUUAAUCGACGGUGUAAUCGAAGGCUCCGGCUUUGGUGUUGAAAUUCUUUACCUCGACCGAAGUGAAGGCGAGGUUGUGACACCCCACCUACUGUCUUCAAAUCGUCCCGUUGGUGCCACAAUUCGCCUCUUGUACCGACCAGGCCACUAUGAUCUCCUUUACCCAGUCGAAACUACUUUGGCCAUGGCACCUAUAGUUAACCUCCAAUACGGAAUGACGUCCGACUACACUCCCUGGGACCAAGCUGCUCUCGGAUUCGACGUUAAUUCAAGCCUAAUGGCAAUCCCCAAUCUGAUGCAGGACACAUCCUUCGGUAUGGGCGCUCCCAUGUCUCCAAUGCCCUCUGUCUCGCCAACUCCCGCCAGUCCAUUCCGCAUGUCCCCGCAACAAGAAAUGUACCAAUCGCCUAUGCCAACACAUGCCCCCAUUCCCCCGAUUCCUGUUUCUCCCCCUCCACAAAUCGCGCCACCAUCCGCUGCCCCGCCACCGAUGACUUCGCUGCCUAGUCGAACAUCAGACGGGCCGCAGAUUCGCCUGAAUCCAUUAGUCAUGAAACCAAAUCUCAGUCGCUCGUUACCAGUCACCACCCCUUUCAAAAAUUCCCCAUAUAACCAAGCCCAUUUCCAGAAUUCCGACUUCGAACCCAUCCAUUGGGAACCGCACGAACGGCGAUAA